UUACUCCCCUUCCGUCUGCUCUUCUUCCCAUAUCUCUCUACCCCUUCUCUACCUCCCGCUUUUCUCUCCUUCUCCUUUCACUAUAUCCCCUCUCAUUUCACUGAUAUCCUUGCAUGCCCAUCUCCACUGUAACUCCCGUCUGCUCUCCUCCCCUCCCGUCUGCUAUUCUUACCUCCCUAUCUCCGCUCUCCUACCUCCCUUCUAUCCUUCUUCCUUCCCCCUCCCUUCUUCCCGCUCCCCUCAUCCUUCUCACUACAUCCCUUCCCAUUUAAUAGCUAUCUCUUCUCCUCCCCUCUCCUUCCCUUCCUCCACUCCACCCUUCUUUCAUUUAUA